AUGUCUGACAAGCCAGACAAGGCUGAGAUCCAUAAAUUCGGUAAGUCUAAAUUGAAGAAGACAGAAACAAGAGAAAACCCACUGCCUUUAAAAGAAACAGUUGAACAGGAGAAGCAAGCGGUUUUGGAUCAGCAGACAAGCAGCAUGAUCAACACCAAGAUGCUGUGCUCAAGUAAAUCACAGCUGAAUCUUUGA